AUGGACCAGCAGAAGAACCACACAAGGGUCACAGAAUUCAUCCUACUAGGAUUCACUGAUCAACCCAAUGUGCAGAUUGUUCUCUUUCUUUUGUUUCUUGCCAUCUACCUUUUCACCGUGGUCGGAAGCCUUGGCCUAAUUGUGCUGAUCAGAAUUGACUCCCACUUUCACACUCCCAUGUACUUUUUCCUCCUCCAUUUAUCAUUCACAGACCUCUGCUACAUCUCGGUGAUUGCCCCCAAGAUGCUGGUGGACUUCCUGGUAGAUCACAAAAGCAUCUCUUAUGCAGGUUGUGUUGUUCAGCUGUGCUUGUUCACUGCCUUUGUGACUACCGAGUGCUUUCUUUUGGCUGUAAUGGCAAUUGACCGAUAUAUGGCUAUUUGCAACCCCCUCUUGUAUUCUGCUUUCAUGUCCCAACAGCUGUGCAAUUGCCUGGUUGCAGGAUCGUACGCAGCUGGCUUUGCAAACUCAGUGCUGCAGACAGUCUGUAUAUUCAGAUUAUCCUACUGUAGGUGUAACAUCCUCAAACAUUUCUUCUGUGAUAUCCCUAAACUUUUUCAACUUUCAUGCUCUGACACCUUCCUUUCAGAAUCUCUAUCCAUCUUUGCAUCAGGAAUAGUGGCAAUGACCUCUGUUUCAGCCAUUAUUUUUUCAUAUCUCUGCAUUUUGUCUGCCAUCCUGAGAAUCAACUCAGUGAAGGGCAAACGCAAAGCUUUCUCCACCUGUGCUUCUCACCUAACAUCAGUGGCUUUACUUUACGGAACGGGGACCUUUACAUAUAUCCAUCCCAACCUGAAAUCGGGACUAGAUACUGACAUGGUGAUUUCUGUAAUUUAUACAUUAAUCAUACCCAUGCUGAAUCCCCUAAUCUAUAGCUUGAGAAAUAAGGAGAUGAAAGAGGCCAUUAGAAGAGUUACAACCGGCUAA